CUCAUGACGUCACACCUGUAUUGUCCCAUGGGUUUGUCUUGGGAGCCUUCAUUGCAAUAGCUAGCUAGCAGCAGAGAUCAAAGCAGCUCAAGCUCACUGCAUAGUCCAUACAUUCAUUGUGCAAGAGUUGGUCGUAGCGUGGAUUGGAUCAGCUGAGAUAGGAGGUCAUGGGAAAUCUGUUGCAAGUGCUUAAAGACAAGGGGGCCGUGCCCCGAGUCGAUUUUUUUGUGGACUUUGAAAAAGCGGAGCCCUCUGAAUCUGAGCUUGAAGUUCACACCAAGGUGGCAGCUGUUCUGAUCAAGGCUCGCGAGAUGUUGGAGGAGCUACGAGGCUAUCAGGGGGCGGGUGCACAGAUACGAGAGGCAAUAUCCAACCCAAACAAUGAGAAACAUCAGGAGGCGGCCUGGAAGCAAGUGGGGCCGCUGGUACAGAUGUUACGACGGUUCUACGAGUAUGCCCUGGAGCUAGAGACGGCUCUGUGCCGACUACUGUCUGUCCUGUGCAGCCCUGAGAUGAGCGCAAUACAGCACCUGGCGUCACAGCAGUCCACCACUAAACAGUUUGCUGAGAUUCUUCACUUCACACUGUCCUUUGAUGAGUUAAAGAUGUGUAACCCGGCUAUUCAGAAUGACUUCAGUUACUAUCGGAGAACACUAAACAGACGGAAAAUGGAGGACUCUAGUAUGAGUUUGGCUACUAACAGUCAAGGAGGGGAGCUACCGGACGAUGUAGGCAAUCGAAUGUCACUAUUCUACGCCAACCCCACACCGAUGCUCAACACACUGUGUGGAGCCACUGAGAAACUACUGCAAGAGAACCCCGCUCUCACUCUGGAGAAUGCCACGGACUGCUUCAGCGUCAUGGCCUCUGUAUGCAAAGUUCUUAUUGAGACACCGAGCUACCGCUCUCGGUUUGAGAACGAAGAAACAACUUUGUUCUGUAUGCGUGUGAUGGUGGGAGCCACGAUCCUCUUCGAUCACAUCCACCCAGUAGGGGCAUUCGCUAAGAAGGCAUCCAUUGACAUGAAGGGAACAAUAAAGCUUAUCAAAGACAACCGAAAAAGUGCAGAAUCGCUCUUAAAUGCACUAAGGUAUAACACAAAGCAUUUCAAUGAUGAGGCUACCCCCAAGUCGACAAAGGACAUGCUCUCCACCUGAUAAGAAAGCCACACCCUCUAGGAUAGCCUUAGUUACAGACACUUUUGAAACAUUGGUAUUAUGUAUUUCUCUAGGAGUAUUUGAUGUAUCCAGUGAUUAUAUAGGUGUACGUGCACAAUAAUUAUUGUUAAAUUUUCACUACAGUCAGUCAUGUGUGUAUCAACUUUUGUUAACUUA